CAGGCAAAAAAAUUGUGGAGGAUUGAUCAAAGUGCUUUGUUAUUGAAACUCAAGAAGCUCUUUUUCUUUCUCUUCUCUCUCCCCACUCUCCACUCCAGGAUUUUCUCUAUACUCUUAACACCCCUUUCUUUCUCCCCCUUCAUCUUUCAGGAAAUAACAUUCUCAUUUUAACUCAUUUACUUUUCUACAUUUCAACAUGUCUGACAGCACAGUUCACGCUAUUGCCGGUGCCGGAGGAGGAAUCGUCUCCAUGACUUUGACCUAUCCAUUGGUCACCAUCAGCAAUAGACUUCAAGUUCAGAAAGAUAAGACCAACAAGGAGGCUUACAAGAACGGUUUGGAUGUUGUCAGGAAGGUUAUUGCCAAGGAAGGUAUCGCCGGUCUUUACUCUGGCCUGGAUAGUGCCUUGUUCGGUAUCUCGCUUACCAACUACUGCUAUUACUAUUUUUAUGAGUUCACCAAGAGUGUGAUCAACAAAGCUCAGAUGAGCACCAUCGAAUCUAUGUCUGCUGGUGCUGUUGCAGGUGCUGCCACUGUCUUGAUCACCAAUCCUAUUUGGGUUAUCAAUACCCGCAUUAAUACUCGAAACACCAGUUCACCUAAUAGUCGUCCUUUGAGCACCUUUGAGACUGCAGCUGAGAUGAUCAAGGAAAACGGCUUCAAGUCAUUCUGGCAAGGCGUCAUGCCAGCAUUGGUCUUGGUGGCCAACCCCAUCAUUCAGUACACUGUUUUUGAAAAGAUCAAGGCCAAGAUUGCAAAGACUCGGGCUCUCACCAGCUUUGAUUUCUUUCUUCUCGGCGCCGUCAGCAAAUUGGCCGCCACCAGCAUUACCUAUCCAUACAUUGUGGUCAAGUCUCGUAUGCAAUUGAAGCAGUCGGACAAUGUGAACGAGCGCUAUACCUCCAUCUUGGAUGGUUUCCGCAAGAUCGUCAAAUACGAGGGCAUUGCUGGCCUUUACAAGGGAAUUUCUAGCAAGAUUGUUCAAUCCAUCUUGACAGCCUCGUUCUUGUUCAUGGCUCAGGCUAGUUUGGUCGAAUAUGUGGCCAAGUUGUUGACUAUCCUUGGUGUUCGUGCUCAAAAGCGCAUUUAAUUUCAAAAAAUUGUUUUUUCUU